GGCUUAGUCCGUGGGAAACGGUUCACACUAGAAGAAGAUGAGCAGAUUAAAUCGGCUGUUUAUAAUUUUAUAGAGUCUCGUGGUUUGGGAGAUGAAGGUCUAGAUAUGGUUCUCCAUUGCAGUUCUCAUCCGGAAGUUAGAUCUUGUUGGAAUGAAAUUGCAGCAGCCUUACCCCACAGGCCAAAGAAUAGUGUGUAUACUCGUGCCCAUAUUUUGUUUGAAAGGAGUGAGAUGCGAAAGUGGACACCUGAAGAGUAUGAAUUUUUACGGAAGGUCAAGGAACAACAUGGAUCUAAUUGGAGACAAGUAGCUGACGCAUUGGGAAAAAAUCGAAUUCAUGUAAAGGAUGCAUGGCGUAGAGUGAAAUUAAGAAAUACAAAUAAAGGACGAUGGACCCAAGAGGAGUAUCAAAAGUUAUUUGAUUUAGUGAACCUAGACCUACGUGUGAGGGCUUCACAGGGUUAUAGAAAAUCAAAACAUGGUAUGUUGCGAGAUAAUAUUGGUUGGGAGGCCAUUGGUGAUAAGUUGGUCACUAGAACCUCCGUGAGCUGUUGCCACAAGUGGUAUGAUAAAUUAAGAUCACCCAUGGUUGCUACUGGUGCAUGGAGUGAUACUGAUGACUAUCGCUUGGUCGAUGCUUUAUAUAACUUGGAUGCGUGCUGCACGGAGGAGGUGGAUUGGGACGAUCUGCUUGAGCACAGGACUGGUGAGGCAUGUAGAAAACGAUGGAACCAAAUUGUCCGAUAUAUUGGAGACCAUGGAGGGAAGUCAUUUUCUGAGCAGGUUGAGAUUCUUGCAAAAAGAUAUUGCCCCAACUUAUUGGAAGUAAGAGAGGCCUUUGAUGCAAAACCUUUGGUUUGUUGAGAUUAUUAUUUUUAUAAAUGUAUUGGUUUAUGGUUAUGAUGUUCUUGUGGGAUCAUCCAACACAUCAGAAACUGGAUUCUAGGUUUUAAUAGUGUUUUCUUAUAUUGAACUUUACCUUGCAAGUUA